AUGAAGUUGCAGGGUGCCAGGCGGAUGGCCCUGGCGGCCUUACACAUUCUGCCCCUUACCAGCCAUGUCUAUGCGCUUGACCUAGAUGUUAACGAUCAGGAAUCGAUCAAAAAUGCCGCGAGCGAGACCACGUGGAAUAUGAUGACUUUCUAUACUCAAAAUGGGACAGACAAUCCAGGCUUCAUCUCAAGGUCCUGGUGGACAGGCGCGGCUUUAUUCCUCGCCUGUCUGAAUUAUUGGCAUGCGACAAAUGACACAACCUAUAACGAGGAGGUUUCUAUCGGAAUGCAACACCAGGGUGGUACGGACAAUGACUAUAUGCCUUCGUGGGCAAUCGGUGUUGGAAACGAUGAUCAAAUGUUCUGGGGCCUAGCGGCGAUUACCGCGGCGGAGAUGAAGUUCCCGAAUCGGCCAACUGGCGCCACAUGGCUCACGCUCGCACAAGGCGUGUUUAACAACCAGAAGAGCACACAAGGAAACGGGUGGGAAACCAGUAUCUGUGGAGGUGGCCUUCGAUGGCAAAAAGAGAGCUGGCAGAGUGGCUAUACUAUGAAGAACUCGGUGUCAAAUGGUGGCUUUUUCAUGCUUGCGGCCCGUCUCGCAUGGUAUAACCAGGAACAGGACUAUGCUACGUGGGCAGAGAAGGUCUGGGACUGGUCCACCACCGUGAAUUUGGUUAAUAAUAAGACCUGGGCAGUGGGAGAUAGUGUUAGAGCUGGAACCGGAGGCCCUGAUGGCUGCAGUCUUCCCGACAACACCCGAUGGACCUACAAUUAUGGUGUCUAUCUGUCAGGCGCCGCUUACAUGUACGCCUAUACAAACGACUCCAAAUGGCUGGACCGAACAACCAAUCUGAUGGAUUCAUUAUAUUCCACAUUUUUCCAACCCAAACAUGGAGGUGUUAUCACAGACUUUACUUGCGAAGAUUCCGACAUGUGUUAUAAAGAUGCAAAUGGGCCACUUUUCAAAGGCCUCACAGUAUCGUGGCUUGCAGAUAUUGCAUUGUUGAUUCCUUCUCUUCGUGACCAAAUUCUGCCACGACUUCAAACCUCUGCUGAAGGUGCUGCAAAUUCGUGUACCGGCAAUGACAAGGGCCAGUGUGGUAAUCGCUGGUAUGGUGGGUAUGACGGCCAAUAUUCAAUGGAAAAUGCCAUCAGUGGUAGCCAGAUCAUGAGUGCUGUCAUGCUGAAAUUCAUGGACUCUUCCUCCGGUCCAGUUUCGACUGCCACAGGAGGCAACGGCACAAGCGAUCCGAAUGCCGGUACUGGAACAAGCGAAACAACUGCGCCACUGCCUGCUAUUACAACAGGAGACAAAGCAGGAGCUGGAAUCCUGACUGUGAUCAUUGUGGCCGGUAUGGUAGGCGGGGUGGCCUUUCUGUUUAUAGAUUCUGUCUAG